GGCAGUUUUGCCGAAAGCGGCGGUUGAGCGCGUUCUACGCAACACUGUUAUUGUCGACGGGUCACGAGACGUCUACCAAAACUGCACUUUUAACCCUUUAAAUCCCACGGUUUACCCAUAAAAUUGUGUUAGUUUUGCUUGGAUAUACAUUGGACCCUUGCGUACCCCCUCUGAUAUAGCUUACUUCUUGUAUUUUGACUGGAAAUAGCGGCGUUUUUCCAACAAAUCGCUCUGUGCGUGUGAAAACCGAAGCUAAAAGAUACUUGGAGCAGUUUAUUUAGCUUGUUUGUGCUCCCCCUAACCGGACUGUUUUUUUCCUUCGUGGAUUUUUCGAAAACUGUACUUUGAUAUUUUUAUGAAGAUAUGCCGGGUCAGUGCAUUGACCAUUGAUGAAUGAAUAGUGUUUUAGUUUAUUGUUUUUACUUAGGAUAUCAAUGAAGUUAUUUUAGGUUGUUGGUGCGUGGUUUAAGUUUUUUUGCCGCUGUUUUUAUUUUUGGAUUUCUUUACAAUCAUGGAUAUAUUACCCAGCGUAGAUAUCUUUAAGGAACUUCAAGAUAUUAAUGACACCGGCUUUUUUACCGCGAAGCCCAGUCUUGAUGAUCACUGGCAACAGACAUGCUACGAGAUGGAACGGUACCUAAAAGACGAACCAAAGAUUCAAUCGUUUAAGAAAAUUCCGGAAAAUGCACGGUGUAGUUGGUAUGAGGUGACCAGCUUGGAAGAUUUUGCUGACCAUAGGUUGGAUGGACUUAGCAGUGCUAGUUCUCCGAUGUCUUGGGAUGGGGCGCUUAGCUGUGCGGUAUUGGUGAAACAAGAGCCCAUAGAUGACGAAGACGAGGACGAUGACGACGAGUCAUACCACCAAAACACUGACACUUUACAGCUAAGGCUAGUAACAAGAAACCCCACCACCUUGACACCUCCUUCGAGUCCAGAAUCCGGUCCUGGACAUAGUAAUGGAAGCGCGGGUGAGCUGGACGUGUGCAAUUUAAGGUUAACGGGAGGUCAUGCUAGAAAUACGAUAGUUCGAGUAAGGGCCUCCGGUCUCACCCGAUUUAUAUCCAUGGUACCUCGGAGUACGAGUACGGCCAAUUCAAACUCUUCCCCUGCAUCGGCGAAAGCACGGCUUGAUCAUUCGCCAGAUUCAAAACGAAGAAUACACAAGUGCCAAUUCCUCGGAUGUAAAAAGGUCUAUACGAAAAGCUCCCACCUAAAAGCUCACCAAAGAACGCAUACAGGUGAAAAACCUUACAAAUGCUCCUGGGAGGGUUGCGAGUGGCGUUUUGCAAGAAGCGACGAACUCACGCGACAUUAUCGCAAACACACUGGAGCGAAACCGUUUAAGUGUCGCCACUGUGAACGAUGCUUUAGCCGAUCAGAUCAUUUGGCGCUACAUAUGAAACGUCACGCUUCAGGAUGACCGACUUAAGAAUAAUUAAAAAAAAAAAACACCAACCCAGGGCGGUCUUUUAAUUGUUAAAGUAAAUAAAUAUUUCGUUUUUGUAUACAUAAUAUUAAAAAAAAAAGUGCCAAGCUUAGCGGGCGCUAAUUUUAUAACUUAUUUUCGGUUUAAGCGAUUAAAAGGCUGCCAGAUUAAUUCAAACAUUCAAAAUGGUGAGAAAUGGGUAAAGGGCGGUCGAAGAACCGCCUUCACUGCCAGUUACCGCAAAUAGAGUGUACAUAUACAAAAAAAAAGUAAGUUAAGAGAUAUUUGUAACAUUGUACGGGUCAGGUUGGACAAAGACGAACUUUAUUUAUGAAUGAAGUUUUCAACCUAGCACGCACUAUUUUUCUGUCUUCUAGUAAACGAUAGGGAAAAUAUUAGGAUAAACCGUAGUCGAGCUAAAGAAUGGUUUCUCUAAGUAUCUGGACUGUUAAAAGUUGAAUCAAAUUCGGUCAGUAGUAAUCAAUAGUUCAAAAUAUUUAUUAAAAAAAAUUGUUGACACCUAGAUCCCUAGAGAAGGUAUUGUUAACUUAGUCUAGCUCUAAAUGAUGUUCAAACCUGUGAUUCAUAACGUGAUUUAGCAAAAAAAUUGCUGAAUUUAUUAAAUUAGCAACUUUUUUGCUAUAUCAAAACCAGGCCUUCCGGGACGUGUAAAUAUAGUCCGGACCUGGCCAAACACGCAAAAAAAAACAAAUACACUUACAGGGCGUUUUGUUAAGAAAUUUUACGUGUUUUUAGUUGUUAAGUAAUUAUUCAUAUGUCGUAACUGUGUCGUAAAAUGAACUGGGCGGUUGUCGGCUUUAAACGAAAAGGCUGCGGAAGGGAAAUAUUGUGUGCGAAUAUAAAAAUGUGUAAUGUGUUGUUGCAAUAUAGGUUAGGGAUUAAAAACAGUUUUGGGUCUCUGGUCCCGUCGCAUAAAUAGAUUUAUGACUUGGUUAUUAAAGUAUGCGGAAAUAAAAAAUGAUUAGCAAAUAGUAUGGUCUUAUCUUAAUUUCUUAAAACUUUAUCAAUUAUAUAUGGCCAUUUAUGAUUUGGCCUUUUUUUCGUUUUGAUUUAAGAAAGAAAUCCUCUGAUUUAUCCUUUUUUAGUAGAAAAUAUGAUAUAUCUAUAUUUUUUUU